AUGGUGAAGAGAUUUUCUGGAAAGAGGCCUUUGAUGGCUGUGAUUGUAGCCGCAUUGAUGAUGAUCGCAGUGAUAAUCUUCACUUGUGUUGUUCGUGCUGCUGAGGCUGAUACAUGUACAAAUUCCACCGACUGCCCAGACCAUUACGCAUGCCGACAAGAUCGUUGCGUUCCCGUGUGUUUUGAUAUCCCUGCCGUCAUGUCUUCCAUGGUGUGUGGUGGACAUGGUCAGUGUAUGAGCCCUAAUAAUUGUACCUGUAAUGCCGAUCAUUAUGGUCAUCAAUGCCAAUGUGUACGUUCUGGAUCAGCUGGGUUGGACGAGAGUUGCCUCAAUACGACAAGCAGCAACACUCCUCCAUUGAAAUGCAAUGGAAAUGGAGUUCUCAACAUGGAUGCUCUCACCUGUGAAUGUCAAAACGGUUAUUCUGGAGAAAGAUGCUCGACUCCACAAAUUAACUCAAAAUGUGGACCAUAUGGCUCCUUAAAACCCAAUACUGGAACUUGUAUGUGUGAAGAAGGUUAUACUGAUCCUAAUUGUUCGCUCUAUGCGCCCGUACCUCAAUGUGUGCAGUACAAGCUCGAAGAUUUGAAUUCCAAAUGUGCCCCUCAUGUUAAAUAUUUGUAUUUGAAUACUCUAUUCAAUGAUAGUGCAUUGAAUCGGGAACAAUUUGAAGCUCAAACUCGAAAGGGAUUCCUACGUUUGUCUCAAUCUGUGGAUGCCAUGUAUGAAAGAGCAAAACAAAUGACGAAUGAUUGCACGAGUGAAGCUUGUCGGGUUGAUAUGCUGAAAUUUAUAUGCUCCUACAUAUAUCCUGCUUGUAUUCAUGUUACAAACAAUCCUUCAAUGGUUGUUUCUGCUGGUAUGUGUAAAGAAUCAUGCAUUCAAACAUUGAAGCCACACUUAAAUGAGAGUCAGUACAAUUCAGUGUGUGAGUCUUUAUCUGAUUCGGAUUGUGUGGCCUAUCCUGAUCCGGGACCUCAAAACAACUUCUGUGGACCUCAUGGUCAACUUUUAGAGAAUGGAGUUUGCUCUUGUGAAGAAGACUACUUUGGCAGUGAUUGUUCCAUUUAUAUGCCUUCACCACAAUGUAGAAGUUAUCCGCAUGAUCGACUCAAUCCAAAAUGUUCUCCCUAUGUAAAUUAUGAAUAUUUGAACUCAGUGUUCCUUACGAACACCACAAGCGACCAACAAUCCUUCGAUCAAAAUGUGAAAUUGGCAUUGACAAGCAUGUCCUCUCAAGUAGAUCAAAUGGUCACCAGACUAGAACCUUUGUGUGCAAAUAACGACGAAGCAUGCAAGAGAAGAAUGACGAGAUUUUUGUGCAUGUACAUUUAUCCAGCAUGCAAGAGAACACAACCUGUAACUACGGACCAGGUUCUAGUUUCUGCUCGCAUGUGUAAAUCAUCCUGCACGAAUACUCUUUCACCUUUUGCUCAAUCGGACUUGAUGAGAAUGUGCAACGAGUUGAAAGAAGAUGUCUGUAUGACUAUUCCUCAAGACAAUGCCAACACUUAUCGAUGUGGAGGUUUACUUCCAAGUGAUGAAGAUGUUUGCCAUGGUAAUGGUGUUUGUAACGCUGGUUUUUGCGUUUGCAAUCCUGGAUAUACAGGUGCUUUGUGUGAUCGUUAUGUUUGUCCAAAUAAUUGCAACGGUAAAGGCCAAUGUGUUGGACCCAAUCGAUGUGAAUGCUUCUCAGGUUAUACCGGAUCGGACUGCUCUCAAUUUACACUCCGUCAACAAUGCGUCCCCAUUCCUAGCACUGCCAUUCCAUUCUGUAAAAACUAUGGAGUGAAUUAUAAUGUAUUGAACUUGGAUUAUUCUGUGGGAGCAAAAAACUCAUCUCAUGCCAUUCAAGUUUUCAUGGAUUCUGUGGGUGCAGCAGAUCGACAAGCACAAAACAACUAUGAACAGUUCAUGAAUACUUAUAAUUUGUGCAAUUCAUCGGGUCCAUGUGAAACUGGUGCUCUUAAGAACUAUUUCUGUUUGCAACAAUUCAAGUUAUGUACGAGUAGUAAUCCAAGGAUGCCUUUAUGUCGAUCGGUGUGCCAACAAAUUGCAACCUCUAAUAAUGUUACCUUAAAUUGUGAUUUAUUACCAACCGAGAGUUGUAACUUUGGUGGUUAUUUGCCAAAUAGUGUUACUUGCUAUGGCCUGAGAAGAGACCAUCCACAAGUAUGCUCUGGAAGAGGUCAAUGCAUCGCUCAAGAUCAAUGUCAAUGCUCGACAGGUUUCGGCGGCAACAACUGUGAUAAAUAUAUUUGCCACACCAAAUUAUCGAAUGAUCCAUCGGUAUGUUCAGGCAAUGGUACUUGUGCAUUCAGCGAUUAUUGUCAAUGUCGACGAGGGUACACUGGUCGAUUGUGUGACAUUCCAACAUGUAAUGGCCUCACGGAUGUCAUGGGUGGAUGUUCAUGGAGAGGCAAAUGCGAAGCUGUCGAUCGAUGUGUUUGUGACUCUCCUUCAUUGGAAGCUUCUUCGUUUUGCUCGAGAUGUAAGCGAGGUUAUGAAGGACCUAAUUGUGAAUAUCCUGAAUGCUUUGGAGUACGUGCCAAUUUCGGAAAUGUUUGUUCUGGGCGAGGUCGAUGCACUGGUCCAAACACUUGUGCAUGUGAUUCAGGUUACUCUGGAAAUGCUUGUCAAUCCUUUUCAUGUUUUGGAAUUGAUUCUAAAAGUUCAUUGGUUUGUGGAGGACAUGGAAGAUGCAUCGCUCCAGACAUGUGUGUAUGUGAGCCAAGAUGGAACGACGGUGUAAAUUGUACCUCAUGCAGUCCAGACUAUAGUGGGUCUCAAUGCGAGAAUCACUUUUGUAACAAGGCUACCACAUGUAACAAUCGAGGAGAGUGUAUCAAUAACGAAUGUUCAUGCUAUGGUAAUUUUGUUGGUCGAUUUUGUGAAAAAUGUGCUCCAGGUUAUGUUGGAGAAAAUUGUGAUAUUGUGUGUAGCUCUUCAUUGAAUUGUUCUUCAAAUGGAGUGUGUACAAGGAACGGAACCUGUGAAUGUUCUCCUCGAUUCACUGGUGCCAAGUGUGACAUUUGCUCCGGUUCAUGGUCUGGUUCAGCCUGUAUGUUUAGUUUACCUUCAGUGUUGACCUUCAGUGCGAAUGGUGACAAACUUAUAGGAACCUACUAUUCCUCUAUCAGAAGACGAGUCGAAUGUAAUCAUUUAAUGACAGAUGUCAGUCUUGAAAAGGUUGGUGGUGAGGAAGCUGACUGUAACUUGCUGAUAGAUGGAAACUUUGAAAUUGUCUUGGGUCCUAUUGCCUCUGUGACUAGUGGAGAUGUUCUUUCAUUCUAUCAAGAUCCAUCCAAGGGAGACUCCUCUCCUGUUGUGGAUGUUCCUGUUGCUGCAGGUUCAUUCAGUCCAACACCACCAACAGCUAUUCUCUUUGUGGAAAAGAAUGUCGUGUCAGCAUGUGAUCGAGUGGUGCUCGAUGCUUCAGCUUCAGCCACGUUGGAUGGAAGAAGAUUGCAAUAUUUUUGGUCUGCCACGAGCGCUCCAUCGAGUGAUAUGCUUUAUUCACUCAAUGAACGUUUAUCUCAAUACAAGUCCUCCAUCCUGACGAUCGAUGCUGCCAUGCUUGAAACAGGUACUUACACAUUGGAAGUCACAGUUCAAAGUUCUUUCAAUACCUUAUCAAAACAAUCUGCUUCGUUUGAUGUUAUUGGAAAUGCUGUUCCAACUAUUUCAUUGAAGGAAGGAUUGAGCCCAACAGUCAAUAUCGGCUCUCUCUUUUUGAUUAAUGCACAAAUUAGAUUCCCAACAUGCUACAAUGGAAAUCCAAGACUGACAAGAUGGAACUAUACACUAGAUGAAACCAUGAACUCAGUCUCUCCUGUGACUAUAAAAUCUAGAGAUGGAAUUUUAGUAUUUGGUCAAGGUUACACUGUACUUCCCGUUGAGGGUGAUUAUUACUUUUCAGUGAUAGCUCAAGCCGAUCAGGCUCAACCUGCUUCAUUACGAUUCAAGGUUACUGCUGUUGCAAAACCUUUACGUGUGAAAUUUGAUAUCUUUGAUUUCACUCAAUCGACCGACGACAUUUUGUCAUUCAAUGUUUUGACCUACGACCCAAGUGCCACCAGUGAAACAUCCUCUCUUUCCAUUUCAUGUUUUGAUUUGGUCAACGCAGUGGAGUGCACAAAUAUUUUAUCUCCCAUUCAAACUCCAUUCUCUAGAAAAUUUUUGGAAGGAAAGUAUAAAUUUACAGCCACCUUUAGCAAGGGUACAAGAAGUAGUAGUGCCUCAUUGACUGUUACCGUUGUGAAUAGGGCCAGAGAUUCAAUGAUCAGGCUUUCCAUUGUUGCCAUGUCCAUUGGAAUGUCCAAUCAAGUUGCAGACCUGACUGCUGUGGAUUCAUCGAAAGACUUGGUCCUCUUAUCUAAAUUCAUUGAUCACGUCUCAGAUCCAAUUUAUUUAUGGGAAAGUGAUGAUUUACCAUUGGAUAAUAUUGACUGUACUUCAAGUUAUUUGAAGAUUCCAAAAGUUCUAUUGGCAGGUACUUUUACGAUUCGUUUGACCGUUUACGAUGAUGCUGCACGAACAGGAACUGCUUCUUUAACCUUAAUUGUGAAUAAUCCACCAACUAAGGGAGUGUUUGAAGUUAGCCCUAGCAGUGGUGUUGCGCUGAAAACUCUUUUCAACAUAGGUUGUUCAAAUGGUUUCAGUGAUCCUCAUUUACCUCUCACUUAUCAAUUUUUCUAUUUUGACCAAUUACUUGGGGACUGGAAACAACUCAAUGAUCGAUCUGAAAGAAAAUCCAUCACAUCUCCUUUACCUGUGGGUGGUGCAGAUGGCAACCUUUUAAGGAUUAAGGCUGUGGUUUAUGAUUCCAAAUUAGCUUCUACGUCCGUCGAAACAAGUGUGGUUGUGACUGCUCCAUCUGUGCAAGAGGCAACAUCCAUUCUUUUGAAUGCUACCACGCAAGGAACAAUUUCACAAUCCACUGCUACUGCUGCAUUGGAUCUUCUCAAAACUAUUCAAACAAACGAUUCGUUUGUCAUCAGCCAAAUGAAAGACGUUGGCACUCAAUAUGUUAAUGCAUAUUUUGAACAUGUCGAAGAACAAGUGGCUAUUUCAGGAGAGACCAGCGAAAGUGUUUCAGCCAAAAUUAAUGUCAUCAAUACGGCAAGUUCCAGUUCAGCCUAUCUUCACGACUCCACUUCGUCUACUUUGAUUUCUAAACUUUUAAACACAACCUCCACAAUUUCAGCUUCUGAUACAAUUAAUACUGAAUCAAAUACCUUGGAUUUCGCAAAACAAGCCGCCGAUUCUCUUUAUGAACGUGUGAAUCAAGUAGUAGGAGCUCAAACAACAAGAAAAGUUAAAGCCUUCCAAAAAACCGAUUUCGAUAAUUUGAAGCAAAUUUAUUACAAGCUUUUAUUGGCAUACACGAAAAAUUUGGCUCCAGACAUGCCUGCCACACGGUUGAAUGCUCAAGGAAUUCUCGGUUACAAUCGAAAACUCAAUGCGGUGACAUUGAAUGGUUUAUCUGAAAUUAUUGAUGGAAAGCACAAGUAUGAACUAUCACGAAACUUUUCCAAGCUUGCCGAAGUGGCCUCUUACUCGACUGUAAACAUUGUCAUGAAGGUCUAUAACAUGUCUGCUGCUUUAUCCGAAUUUGCUAUUCGUUCCUUAAAUAUUACUUCAAAAGUGAUUGAUUUUUCAGUCAUGCCGGAUCAAACUACCACCAUUUCAAUUCGACAUCAAUCAAGUCCAAUAGCCAACAUAACUUUUGAGUCUGUGAGAAAUAAUGUUUUGCCAAAAUGUAUGAUAGAUCAAGCUAAUGAAACUUUGGUUUGUAGAUUUUGGAAUGAUGCAACCAAGACCUUUGACAUUUCACCCGACUGUAUCAUUGUUGAUAAGAAUACUACCGAUAAUACUGCUGUUGCUGUGGUGAAAAGAACAGGUAUAUUUGUCUUGACGAGUGAGAAACAAGCCAGUCCACCUCAUCUCUCUUCUACCGUUGUGAAUGGUGGUUCUGUCUUUGGUGGCUGUUUUUUACUUCCAUUUGGACUCCACCUAAUUGCAUUCUUGGGUUUGGGUUUGGGUUUGGGUUUGGGUUUGGGUUUGGGUUUGGGUUUGGGUUUGGGUUUGGGUUUGGGUUUGGGUUUUGGGUUUGGGUUUUGGGUUUGGGUUUUGGGUUUGGGUUUGGGUUUGGGUUUGGGUUUGGGUUUGGGUUUGGGUUUGGGUUUGGGUUUGGGUUUGGGUUUGGGUUUGGGUUUGGGUUUGGGUUUGGGUUUGGGUUUGGGUUUGGGUUUGGGUUUGGGUUUGGGUUUGGGUUUGGGUUUGGGUUUGGGUUUGGGUUUGGGUUUGGGUUUGGGUUUGGGUUUGGGUUUGGGUUUGGGUUUGGGUUUGGGUUUGGGUUUGGGUUUGGGUUUGGGUUUGGGUUUGGGUUUGGGUUUGGGUUUGGGUUUGGGUUUGGGUUUGGGUUUGGGUUUGGGUUUGGGUUUGGGUUUGGGUUUGGGUUUGGGUUUGGGUUUGGGUUUGGGUUUGGGUUUGGGUUUGGGUUUGGGUUUGGGUUUGGGUUUGGGUUUGGGUUUGGGUUUGGGUUUGGGUUUGGGUUUGGGUUUGGGUUUGGGUUUGGGUUUGGGUUUGGGUUUGGGUUUGGGUUUGGGUUUGGGUUUGGGUUUGGGUUUGGGUUUGGGUUUGGGUUUGGGUUUGGGUUUGGGUUUGGGUUUGGGUUUGGGUUUGGGUUUGGGUUUGGGUUUGGGUUUGGGUUUGGGUUUGGGUUUGGGUUUGGGUUUGGGUUUGGGUUUGGGUUUGGGUUUGGGUUUGGGUUUGGGUUUGGGUUUGGGUUUGGGUUUGGGUUUGGGUUUGGGUUUGGGUUUGGGUUUGGGUUUGGGUUUGGGUUUGGGUUUGGGUUUGGGUUUGGGUUUGGGUUUGGGUUUGGGUUUGGGUUUGGGUUUGGGUUUGGGUUUGGGUUUGGGUUUGGGUUUGGGUUUGGGUUUGGGUUUGGGUUUGGGUUUGGGUUUGGGUUUGGGUUUGGGUUUGGGUUUGGGUUUGGGUUUGGGUUUGGGUUUGGGUUUGGGUUUGGGUUUGGGUUUGGGUUUGGGUUUGGGUUUGGGUUUGGGUUUGGGUUUGGGUUUGGGUUUGGGUUUGGGUUUGGGUUUGGGUUUGGGUUUGGGUUUGGGUUUGGGUUUGGGUUUGGGUUUGGGUUUGGGUUUGGGUUUGGGUUUGGGUUUGGGUUUGGGUUUGGGUUUGGGUUUGGGUUUGGGUUUGGGUUUGGGUUUGGGUUUGGGUUUGGGUUUGGGUUUGGGUUUGGGUUUGGGUUUGGGUUUGGGUUUGGGUUUGGGUUUGGGUUUGGGUUUGGGUUUGGGUUUGGGUUUGGGUUUGGGUUUGGGUUUGGGUUUGGGUUUGGGUUUGGGUUUGGGUUUGGGUUUGGGUUUGGGUUUGGGUUUGGGUUUGGGUUUGGGUUUGGGUUUGGGUUUGGGUUUGGGUUUGGGUUUGGGUUUGGGUUUGGGUUUGGGUUUGGGUUUGGGUUUGGGUUUGGGUUUGGGUUUGGGUUUGGGUUUGGGUUUGGGUUUGGGUUUGGGUUUGGGUUUGGGUUUUGGGUUUGGGGUUUGGGUUUGGGUUUUUGGGUUUGGGUUUGGGUUUGGGGUUUGGGUUUGGGUUUGGGGCUUGGGUUUGGGUUGGGUUUGGGUUUGGG